ACCUGUGGAGUCUGGAAUACCUGAAGUGAUGAAUGUUCCUCCUCCAGUACUUUCUGUGUCUUCUAUCUCUCUGUUCUCUCUCUAUGUAGUGUACGAGGCAGGAAAGGGGUUGAGGAGCAGGGCUUCGUCCCCCCAGAUCGCUGUCUAUCCACCCUACUACGUACCUGGGGUCCCGGCCAUGGUCCCCAUCGCUCCCCCUUCCCUGGUGGACACCACGGUGAUGUCCGCUCCCCCCUCUGUGUCAGAGAACAGUGCAGCUGGAGUGCGGCCUGUGUACCGGCUGCAGUCUACUCUGGAUCAGUCCUCUCUGGGUCAGGACUCUCUGAAGGUGUUGCAGCAUGUAGAGAAACAGCUGGCUCUUUUCCACCCGGCCAAGUCCCAGAGCCACAACUGUAAGCCCGACAGACAGACAGACUCAAUACACCCUAUACUCUACUCUGUCUGA